AAUAACACUACCAAACCCUUUUUCUCAAGUUUUCCUUUCCACCAAAUUCCUCACAUCUGAUCAAACCUUUGUAUAUAUAUACGCACAUAUAUAUAUGGAUCCAGGGCAGCUCCAUCACCAAUACUCGGCGGGCACCGCCGGCAUCGAUCCCGGCGGCGGCGGCGGCGCCGCCGAUAGGUUACCCCAAUGGAGUCAUCAAGAAACGAAGGAUUUCUUGAUGAUUCGGGCAGAGCUUGAUCCAACUUUCAUGGAGACAAAACGUAAUAAGCUUCUGUGGGAAGUGAUCUCUACGAGGAUGAAAGAAAAGGGAUAUAAUAGAAGCGGCGAACAGUGCAAGUGCAAGUGGAAAAACCUCGUAACUCGAUACAAGGGAUACGAAACGAUGGAAGUAGAAGGGAUGAGACAGCAGUUUCCAUUCUACAACGAGCUUCAGGCAAUCUUCGCCGCGAGGAUGCAGAGGAUGUUGUGGCUGGAGGCGGAAGGCGGCGGUGGCGGCGCCGCCGCCAGCUCGAGAAAGAAAUCGGCGGCGCAGCCAUUCUCCUCCGACGAGGAAGACGAGAACGAGGAGAGCGAUCGCGAAGGCGGGGAAAAGAAUGUUAGGAAGAGGCGGAAAUUGAAGACGGCGGCGGUGGGGCAAUUUUCCGGCGGGGGCGGAGGAGGAGGGAAUACUACGGCGGCGGCGGCGAUCGUGGCGGGGAUACGGGAAACGAUGGAGGAAUUUAGCCGGCGGCAAAUGCAGAUGGAGAUGGAGUGGAUGAAGGCGUACGACGCGAGGGAGGCGGAGCGGCGGGAGAGAGAGGCGGAGUGGCGGCGGAGGAUGGCGGCGCUGGAGGAGGAGAGGAUGAUGAUGGAGCGCCGGUGGAGGGAGAGGGAGGAGCAGCGGCGGGCACGUGAGGAGUCACGUGCGGAGAGGAGGGACGCACUCGUGACGGCGCUGCUGAACAAAUUGAGAAGCGAAGAUCAUCAUCAACAUGCCUGAAAAAACGAAAACAAACAAUUCCAUUAAUGACUGUAUUCUUAAAGAUGAGGGUUUUAGCCACUGACCAAGGUUUGUUAAUUCUCCUUCUCUUAGCUUCAUUAAUUAUAUAUAUACAUAUACAUAUAAA